GCCGAGAACGACGCGCGAAUGGAUACCCUUCUCAUGGCUACACGAAUCAGAUGCCUCCACGCGUCGACGUCGUCCUCCGCCCUUCCCACCAGAUUCCGUUCUCCGGCGAUACACCAGCUCUCUUUCAGUCACGCACAUUUUCGAUCGGCGACCAUGAACAACUCCGUGAGACAGUCCCACUUCCCAGUUACUCGGAGAACCACUUCUCCGACGACACGUGGCUUGUUUUCCGUCAAAGCUUCAACGGAGGAAUCUUACUCUCCUUCCAAUCGGAAUCUUAUAGUGAUAAACUCCAUCAUCGUCGUAGCCUUAGCUGUAGCGAAUCGCGUGCUCUACAAACUCGCAUUAGUUCCCAUGAAGCCGUACCCUUUCUUCUUAGCUCAGUUCAUCACUUUCGGUUACGUGUUGAUUUACUUCACGAUUUUGUACUCGAGGUGCCGUCUUGGCAUUGUGACUGAGGAGAUGUUGAGUGUGCCUAAAUGGAGAUUUGCUAUCAUUGGUUUUCUUGAAGCUCUUGGAGUUGCCACUGGCAUGGCUGCAGCAGCUAUGCUUCCUGGACCAGUUAUACCGGUUUUGAAUCAGACGUUUCUGGUGUGGCAGCUGGUUUUAGCUGUUCUUAUUUUGGGGAAGAGGUUUUUGCUUAAGCAGAUUUUUGGUUGCUUGCUUGUGGCUGCGGGAGUUGUGGUGGCUGUUUCAAGUGGAUCUGGUGCAGAUCAAACGCUAUCCGGAAUCGGUUUGCUAUGGCCUGCUGUAAUGGUAGCAUCUUCUGCUUGCCAAGCUGGUGCAUCUAUCACAAAGGAAUUUGUUUUCAAUGAUGCCGCAAAGCGUCUUGAGGGAAAGUCACUUGAUAUAUUUGUGGUAAACUCCUUUGGAUCUGGAUUUCAGGCUCUUUUUGUGUUUUUGUUGUUGCCUUUUCUCUCAAACUUGAAAGGCAUUCCAUUUGACAGCCUCCUUCCGUAUCUUAAAGAUGGUGCCGGCUGCUUCUUCAACACUGGAGCUAAGAUUUCUGGCUGCGAAGGUGCCCCUAUACUCCCACUUCUCUAUAUAGCCACCAAUCUCGCUUUCAACAUCUCAGUGCUCAAUCUGGUGAAAAUAUCUUCUGCAAUCGUUUCCUCUCUCACUGUGAUGCUCUCAGUGCCAUUAUCGGUGUACAUAAUGUCAAAACCAUUGCCGUAUCUACCUGGAGGGACAAGCUUGAGCUCAAAUUUCAUGAUGGGGAGUAUAGUUCUAGUUCUUGGUCUUCUUCUAUACAACAUUCCCACCACUACAACUAAGCCAGACACUAAGACCUCCUAACACACACACACACACUCUCUCUCUCUACUUUGGUUUAAUCUCUUGGCAUAAUUGUUUCCCAAAGAUCAGGGAAUUAUUUGAGUGAUGUUUUGCAACUGUGAAGAAGACUUCGUACAUAUUGGUAUAUAUUCGAAAUUCCAUUGACCGGUCAUAUUAAAAAAAGUGAAGUUUUGAACG